AUUAAAGUGUCUCUUCACAGCUGUGGUGUAACAGUAACAGUAACAGUAAUGAUUCAGUAUGUUAAAGUGAUGUUAUUGUCGUUUGUUAUCAGUGUUUGACAGCUCAUGGGUGUUGCUGUAUGAAACACUGAUAUGAGUUUGAGUGCAGAAACACCUUCAAACAGUCUGACAGUAUUACUGCACAUUUACAAGUGCAAAAUAUCCUUUUAUUUGAGUAGCUUUGGAUGUCUGCAAAUAUGAAAGUGCUUCUUCUGAAAGAGCCGAGAGAGAGUGAACAUGAAGAAGACCCUUAUAUCAAGGAGUUGGCCUCAUCCGGACAUACAGCUGUUUUAAUUCCUGUGCUGUCAUUCAAAUAUGUGUCUCUAAGUGAACUCUCUGAGCAGCUCUUUUGUCCCGAGAGGUUUGGAGGUCUGAUCUUCACCAGUCCUCGAGCUGUACAUGCAGUAAAGAUGUGUUUAGAGACCCACAAUGGGACACACAAAUGGGACUCUGUAAAAGACAAGUGGAAUGAAAAGUCGAUUUACGUGGUUGGAAAAGCGACAGCAUCUUUAGUUGAAGAUUUGGGCUUGUGUCCGUUGGGUGAAGACACUGGAACCGCAGACACACUAUCUCAUCUCAUCCUGCAAAGAGAAAAUCUUGAUAUUCUGCCUCUGUUUUUCCCCUGUGGAUCCAUUAAACGUGAAGUUCUGUCCACAGCACUAAGAGACAAUGGUGUUCCUCUGGAAACUCUGACUGUCUAUCAAACAUCUGAACAUCCUGAACUGCACAAGAACAUCACAGAUUAUUUCACACAGCAGGGUGUUCCGGCGAGUGUGGCAUUCUUCAGUCCGUCAGGAGUGACGUUCUGUUUGGAUUUGGUGAAAAGACUCUCUGGAGCUCAGCUGGAGCAGAUAAAGUUUGCAUCGAUUGGACCGACCACAGCCAACGCUCUGCAGUCACACGGACUGACGGUCAGCUGCUGCGCUGAGAAACCCACAGCCAAACACCUCGCUGCUGCCAUCACACAAGCCCUACAGACACCUAACACUGACCUCUGACCUCUUAUGUCCACAGUGGGACAGUCAUAACAUCGAACAUAAGAGAGAAGAACAGGUUUUGGUUAUUGGACUGAAAAUGUGAUUUUAUGUUUAAUCAAUUUAAAAAAAGAGUCAAUGUCAAAAAUUAAAAUUCAGUGCAUUUAUUGGAUAUUUACUUUCUGUUUCCAUGCUUAUUGCAUGCUUCUAUAUUUUCAUGUCUUCAUCCUCUAAUAAAGAUCCUCUAUCACUGAUCAUUGAGUUCACAAUAUAUUUUGUGUAGGAGAGUCUCCUCGUCUGUUUUUUUUUUUUGUUGAAUGUAGUGACUGUUUAAAGAUUUUAUUUUCAGUGUGAGCUGAUGACAUGAACGUUACAGUAUGUGUGGUGCAAAAUGCAUUAAGAACUGAAGAACUUUAUUUAUAAAGCAUCUUACAGGAAAAAUAAUGCAAAUAAA